UCCCCACCAAAGCUGUUAGAGAACAGUACGCGCUAGGGGUAGUGACAUUGUUCCCAUCCCUGAAAGACCCAUACUCCAAGAAAGGCUAUGAACACUUCUAUGAUGCUGCAAGCAGCACUGGAUACAUUUCUUGGCGUCUGAAAACGAUACAGAGAAAGACUAGACGAGGAUCUGCACCACCAAGUAGCUCCACUGGCUUUGCUCAAGAAGGAGGGGGCCCAAAUUCCCAAAGGCCCAUUAAUGUCGACAUGCAGCUUGAUGGAGAUGCUUGCCAGGAGGCCAUCUCUUUGCUGAACCAUACAUCCGACACUUCCUUGAUUUUCCAGAAGAUGAGAGAGACCUUUCAGCAUCGUCAGAAGCUCAUCAAUGAUCCUGACAAAAGUCUUGAUAUCCUGUCUAUCUUCCCAAGAUUCUUGGAUACAAAAGGAUUGGUGAAUCAAGACUUCACUCUCCUGUUUGAUGAUGAGAUAUCUACCAGGCUGCUUCAGAAAUGGGAUCCAAUCUUUAGGUAUCAAAUCAUCAAAGAGGCCAAGCAGCUCACCUCAACAGUAGAGUUGCGUCAAUUGGUGCAGUCAGCAGAGAGUCUACCAGGAAGUGAUCUUGAUGAGGCAGCAAGAGGACCAAAGUAUCAAAAAAUCAGCGCCUCUGAUGCUGUUGAGAGACUUGUAGUCUUUCAUAAGUCUUGCUGCAGUUUGGAAGAGCAUCUCCAGAAUCAGCAGAGUCAGCAGCCAUACCUCCUGGCUGUUGGGCGCCAGAAGAGGAAGGUCGACAGCUUCUAUGUUGCCAUAGACAAGCGUCUCAUCCCCUGCCAGGCCAGCCGCUCCCUUGGGGCAUUUGAUGAGCUUUUUAAAGCUCAUUUUGUGUUCAGUGUGUCUUAUGAUGCUGCACUUGUGAAUUUCUACACAUUUCUGCAGACAACAGUAUACAAUAUUGAUAUGGGGAAAAUGAAGGAGUCCCCAAGAGUUCGUGACCUGAGAGCCAAAAUCCUUAACCAGGAAAUUCUUCUCACAACCCAAGUAAAAAUCAUUAAAAUGCUGACAUGUGUUUUGUGUAAGAGAGCUUAUCCCAGCAGUCAGCAGCUGAUUUCACAUUUAAGAGGUGAACAUGGUUAUUAUCCUGGACCUAAGUUUAAGUUAUUUUGUUGGCAGCCAGGCUGCAGGCUUCAGUUCCAAACUUAUGCAGGCUUUAGGAAGCACCUCAGUAGUUUUCACAGCAAUGUUGACCAAAAUGAUCGAACUUCAGCCAUUGCUUGUUUUUCUAAUGACACAGUUUCACCUGCUUUGGAGGACCAGUUUAAUUCCUCAAAUCUUCCUCACAGUUCUCCCAGUGUUCUUCCAGAGUCUAGUUCUUCCAGUGUUCCAGUGAGCAUUGAUUCAGUACUUACAAGGGAUUCAUCCAAAGAAAUGUGUGCAUCCAUUGUGGCCAAACUGCAGGGUAGUGGCCUUUCUAACAGUUUAGUAUCCUCACUUGUAGGCGAUUUGGAGGAAUUAACAAGUGAGCUUCGCUCAGAAGCAAAGCAGGCCAUUCUUUCUGCGUUACCCACAAAGGACUCCAGCAUAUCUUUAAUAAAUAAAUGAAUGCUUUGAAAAUUUUGAAAACCCUUUCACCAAUCUGAACACAGAAUGGAAACGAAAUAAAUACUUCAAUCUAAAAUGGGGAGUUGUAGAACCUAGAGAAAUAACACUUGGAGUGAGGUAUGACAUCAGGCGAAAUCAGAAGUCUGGUACUUAUGAUCAAGUACCUGUGAAGGAUACUUUUAUAUAUGUACCUAUUUUGGAGUCUUUGAAGUUCAUGUUUAGAAAUCCAGAGAUUUGUGUUUUCCUGCAGAGAGAGUGUAGCUCAGAGCCUGAUGCUUAUCAUGACUUUUGUGAUGGAAGUUACUUUAAAACUCACCCUUUGUUUUCAGCCAAAAGGCAUGCAUUACAAAUUCAGCUAUACUAUGAUGAUUUUGAAACAGCCAAUCCUCUUGGCUCUAAACGCGGAAUUCACAAAAUUGGCUGUAUUUAUUUUGUUAUAAGAAACUUGCCCCCAAAAUUUAAUUCCAUUUUGAUGAACAUUCAUUUAGUGUCACUUUUCCACACACCAGAUCUGCAAAAGUAUGGUUUUGAUGUUAUACUGGAACCACUGAUAAAUGAUGUCAAAAAACUGGAAAGCCAAGGGCUAAGUCUUCCAUUUUCUGAUGAGCAGGUAUAUGGCACAAUAUCACAGAUCACUGGAGAUAACCUAGGGAUGCACUCAAUUCUUGGUUUUAAUGAGUCGUUCAGUAGCCGUCAUUUCUGUCGCCUUUGUUUGAUUGAGAAGAAUGAUUGUCAAAUGGUGUACAGUGAGGAUGAUCCUAAAAUUAUUCCUCGUGGGAAAGAUUUGUUUGACAUACGUUGCCAGUCUCUUCGGGAAAAUCCUAAAUUGAAGUCACUGUAUGGGUUGAAAAGAAAUUCUGCACUCAAUUCAUUGCAGUAUUACCAUAUUUGCAAUAACUACUCAUUUGAUAUAAUGCAUGACCUUCUUGAAGGUGUGGCUCAGUAUGAGGUCAAAUUGCUUUUUGAGUAUCUUACGCAACACUUCAUAUCAGAACAGAACUUGCUUUCUAGGAUUUAUGGUUUUGACUAUGGAUUUUUA